AAAACAACUAAAUUAUUUUUACUUUUAUAUAAUAUAUUAACUUAUUCAUAAAUUUUGUAAAUUAGUUGUUGUUUAUUUUAUUAUUAUUUUUUACAAAAAUUAGUGAACAAAUCAUUCGAAAAAUCUCGAAUUUCACUGUAUUAAUUUUGAUUUUUUUUUUUUUUUUUACUGAAAAUUUGUUUUACGCAAACACAAAGAUCGGGACGGUUCGAUCUGCCUUUCUGACAUCUUGUGCUUAUCCAACAAUCAAUCAUCAUUUUCUUUCUUUUCAUACAAGAUAAUCAUUGUUUUCUUUUAUAUGAUAAACCCCUGGUCACGACAGAAUCAUUAAUGUCGGGGCCAACCGACUCGUCUAGCUUCGUUGGUUGUAUAUGCAAUCCUAUGUAUUUCUCAAUUUAGCUCAAUGGGUUCGAAGACAAAGGUCCGAAGGACAUAAUCUGAGGUGGGUUUCUUGAAAUUUUGCGGUGACUUUGAGAUUGAUAGGAAACAAACUUCCAAACUUAUGUUAUGUUAAGUUUACUGUGUUGUGGUUCGGCAAUCGUUUUUUUGAAUUUGGGUUUUUGCUAUAUUUUGAAAUUUGGGUUUUGAAGAAGUUUUGGCUUUUUGGUUAGUGAUCUGAGAUGGGUUUGUAGCGCUUGAAAUUAUGACAAACUGUUUGCUGCUGAAAAUUUUGGUAUUUGGGUUUUUGAAAAGCGAGUCCUUUGGAUUGUAAGCUGCUAAAGUUUGGUACUUUUAAGUUGAAUCAAUAUUGUAUUGAGAAAUCUGUAAUUAAUGUAAUGAGAAGGCACAAGACUGGAUGUACUGUAAGAAGAAUAUAAUACUUGAGCUGUCGAUAGACAGUUGUCAAGUGGUGUUGAUCUUUACUGUGACUCCAUGAAAAGCAGCAGAUUGUUUACAGUUAGACCAUAAGGUGAAAUGGCUAUGGCAAACAAAACCAGAAAUCUACUGGAGAAUCUGGUAAGAGAAGGAUCAUUUAAAUGGUUGAUUGGCAACCGAAGUCCUUUUGAUGAUGAAUUUGAGGAGAUGGGGAGGUCUCCAUCUGCCCCCUGGAAUUGGAUACAAGAACUAUCUCCAAUUGCAAACAUAGUUGUUCGCAGAUGCUCGAAAAUUCUCAGUGUUCCCACAACUGAGCUUCAGGAAAGUUUCAAUUCAGAGGCUUCUGAUUCUAUAAAGCAUCCGUCACGUUAUGCAAGGAACUUUUUGGAAUACUGCUGUUUUAGGGCACUUGCACUAUCAACACAGAUAACUGGUCAUCUGGCUGAUAAGAAGUUUCGACGCCUGACAUAUGACAUGAUGGUAGCCUGGGAGACUCCGGCUGCUUCUAGCCAACCUUUAGUUAAUGUAGAUGAGGACAUAACCGUUGGUGUAGAAGCAUUCUGUCGAAUAGCUCCAGCAGUUCCUAUAAUUGCAAAUGUGAUUAUCAGUGAAAAUCUUUUUGAGGUGCUGGUAACAUCAACUGGUGGUCGGCUUCAUUUCUUCAUCUAUGAUAAAUAUCUAAGUGUUCUAGAAAGAGCAAUAAGAAAAAUGAAGAAUCAGUCCGAAUCAUCUCUUCUUUCUUAUGUACGACCAUCAAGGGGAGAAAAGAUUCUGGAAGUGGAUGGAACAGUCACUACUCAACCAGUUCUUGAGCAUGUAGGAAUCUCUACAUGGCCUGGACGGCUAAUAUUGACGGACUAUGCAUUUUACUUUGAAGCUCUCCGAGUUGUAUCUUAUGACAAAGCAAAGCAAUAUGAUUUGUCAGAUGAUUUAAAACAGGUUAUUAAACCUGAGUUGACAGGACCAUGGGGUACUCGACUUUUUGACAGGGCUGUAUUAUAUAAAUCUAUUUCCUUAUCAGAACCAGUUGUGAUGGAGUUUCCUGAGCUGAAGGGACAUGCCCGUCGUGAUUAUUGGCUAGCAAUCAUUCGGGAGAUUUUAUAUGUUCACAGAUUUAUAAGAAAAUUUGAGAUCAAGGGAGUUGAACGUGAUGAAGCACUAUCAAAAGCUGUACUUGGAAUCCUUCGGAUACAAGCCAUUCGUGAAAUUAGUUCUGCAGUCCCUAUUUCCUGUGAGAAUCUUCUCAUGUUCAAUCUUUGUGAUCAACUUCCUGGUGGAGACUUGAUUCUGGAAACCCUUGCAGACAUGUCAACCUUAAAGGAAUUAGAUCGGACUAACAAUUCUAAGGAUGGUGGAAUGCAUUCGAUUUCUGCCUUGGAAAUGGUUUCUAACCUAGGCUUUGUAUUUGGCACAAAUUUUAAUGAUUCCAAUAACACUGGGCCUGUUGUGGGUGAAAUAACUGUGGGAGAGAUUACUUCAUUGGAAAGAGCAGUUAAGGAAUCUCGAAACAACUACGAGAAGGUAGUUAUGGCUCAGGCUACAGUUGAUGGAGUCAAAGUGGAUGGAAUUGAUACAAAUUUGGCUGUGAUGAAGGAAUUACUCUUUCCAAUGAGUCAACUGGGGAAUUGCCUCCUUUCUUUGGCUUAUUGGGAGGAUCCUCUGAAGUCUUUGAUUUUCUGUUGUGGUUUCUCCUAUAUCAUUUGCAGGCAGUGGCUGGGCUAUGCUUUUGCGGUAAUACUCAUCCUUAUGGCGGUCUUUAUGGUACUCACCCGGUUUUGUAGCCAAGGGAAACCAGUUGAUGAGGUUAAGGUGUUGGCACCCCCAGCAAUGAAUACUAUGGAACAACUUUUGGCUGUCCAGAAUGCAGUUUCACAGGCUGAAGGUUUCAUCCAGGAUGGAAAUAUCGUUCUCCUCAAGCUACGUGCAUUGUUGUUGUCCAUUUUCCCUCAGGCCAGCGAAAAAUGUGCAGUAGCUCUUAUAUCAAUGGCUUUGACUCUAUUGUUCAUCCCCAGUAAGUAUUUAAUUCUAUUGGCAUUUUUGGAGAUAUUUACGAGAUAUGCACCUAUGAGGAAAGCAAGCACGGAAAGAUGGAUGAGAAGACUUAGGGAAUGGUGGUUUAGCAUACCAGCAGCUCCUGUUGUUCUUGAAAGAGAAAAAGAAGAUAAAAAGAGGAAGUGAUUCUGUAAUUAUAUGUGAUGUAUGUAAAUGUUUAUGGGAAUGAUUUUUGUAAUUAAUAUUAUAUUAAAGAGACUGGGAGUGUAAAUUUAUAAAACUUUUAAGGCAAAUAAACUAAUAAAAAAAUGUCGAGUUUCUUUUUUCC